AUGAAUAGCGCGAUAAGAGAAUGUAGCACUGGUGCAGUCAACAAGAACGCUCAACUGCUCAUUCAAGACACAUGUCUAGGAGAACACUCAGAAGCGAAAAAGGAGUUGUGGCAAGAGCUUGCAAAAGUAAUGGUAUUUCAGGACACGGAACUUCCCAGAGGGUUGCAUCCGGAAAAAGCAGGGACUAACGAAGCGGCCCACAUAUGGUGCUCUGAUACCUUGAGACUCUUUUUCCCCGAAUUCAAACACAAUCACAAAGUCAAAAGCUCCAGGCUACUCAUGCAAGCUUGCCUCGACAAAGUAGCAGAUUCUUAUGCAGAAGGGUUUGCUGCAAGUGCGGCUCGAUAUAUUUUCAGACUAGACUCGUCGGACGUUAUUAGCAAACUUCACAAAGUUUAUCGACAGGCUGCGAAUCUUUCUUACAACCUCUGGACCCGCAGAGUCCAUCUUAAAAUAACCACAUUGGAAGGUCUGGACAAGAUGUUCGACGACAAGGAUCCGAAGACGAUUCUUCAUACUACGGUAACCGAAGAUGAAGACAAGCUGACAGGCCAAGAUAUCACCAUACUUGUGCACCCCCUAGUCGAAGCAUACGGAACUGAACAAGCAGAGCAUUUCGACCGCUCGCGGAUAUGGGGGCCAGCUGAGGUAUAG